AUGAUCUUACUGUUGGUCAAAAGGGCUGGUAAAACAUUCAAAUAUGUGAAAAAUCACGAGUUGAAGAGUAGGGACACAUUGAAGUGGAUCCUGACUGUUAAAAAGCAGCUGCGCACUCCAAGUGGAGUAAGUAAAAAUCUGUCUACUUCAAAGCUGAACAGCUUGGCUAUUGGUCUGCGUCAGAUUGCAGCAUCCUCGCAGGACAGCGUUGGCCGUGUAAUUCGACGAACUCGAAUAGCUAAAGACUUGGAUUUGGAGCAAGUGACAGUGCCAAUUGGUGUCCUUCUCGUCAUCUUUGAAUCUCGUCCUGACUGUCUUCCCCAGGUGUCUGCUUUGGCCAUAGCCAGUGGAAAUGUCUUACUACUCAAAGGAGGAAAAGAGGCAGCACAUAGCAAUCAAAUCCUUCAUCAUCUGACACAAGAAGCACUCUCUAUUCACGGAGUCAGAGAUGCAGUGCAACUGGUGAAUACGAGAGAGGAAGUAGAAGAUCUCUGCCGUUUGGAUAAGCUGAUAGAUCUCAUCAUUCCACGUGGUUCGUCACAGCUAGUCAGGAAUAUCCAGAAAGCUGCUAAGGGAAUUCCAGUGAUGGGACACAGUGAAGGGAUCUGUCAUGUGUAUGUUGACACGGAUGCCAGUGUUGAGAAGGUCACACGAAUAAUUAGAGACUCAAAGUGUGAAUACCCUGCUGCCUGUAAUGCUCUGGAAACUCUCCUAAUUCAUCGAGACUUGCUGAGAACGCCAUUGUUUGAUCAGAUCAUAGACAUGUUGAGAGUAGAACAGGUGAAGAUUCAUGCUGGCCCAAAGUUUGCAUCUUACUUGACAUUCAGUCCUUCAGAAGUGAAAUCUCUGUGCACAGAAUAUGGGGACCUAGAGUGCUGCAUUGAGGUAGUGGACAGCGUUCGAGAAGCUGUUGAACAUAUCCACAAGUAUGGAAGUUCCCAUACGGAUGUUAUUAUCACAGAGAAUGAGAAAACAGCAGAGUUCUUCCUCCAGCAUGUGGACAGCGCUUGUGUUUUCUGGAAUGCCAGUACCCGAUUCUCUGAUGGCUAUAGGUUUGGACUUGGUGCUGAAGUGGGAAUUAGUACUUCGCGGAUCCAUGCACGUGGACCAGUGGGAAUUGAAGGACUCUUAACUACAAAGUGGUUGCUGAGGGGGGAUAAUCAUGUUGUUUCUGACUUUUCAGAGCAUGGGAGCAUGAAGUAUCUUCAUGAAAACCUCCCUCUCCCUCAGAGAAAUGCCAGCUAAAAACCCAGGGGAGAAAACCCAGGGGUAUAAUUAUUUCCUGAAGAGGUACAGGCUUCAGGAUAAUCUCUGGUGAUGGAGUUUGUUUUUCAGAAUCUUCAAUCUUCAGAAACGUUGUUCUUGGUCAUUUUGCAGUACAGUGAAUACAAAAUGAUCCCAUCAAUGAGAAUCCCCUCCCCCUCCUUUUAGUUCCUUAGACAGUAUCUGCAAACUAACCUCACUUCUCCCAAGGAAAGAUUAUUUUCAAAUCAUACAGGUAACAUAAGGAAGGAUUUCAGUAUCAACUACAUUCCUUUUUUUAUCCCAGUGCUCCCUGUAGCAAAUAUGGUGGUGGAGCUUAAUUUUUUUUUUUCCCUAAGUUUUGUUUUAUUCAAGUAUCUAUUCUGGAGAACACACUCUGUAGUUUUGGUUUUGAGGGGUUUUUUUUUUCAGUCUUAGGAUCAUGGCAUCUCUUGAGAGCCAGAAAGCUUUAUGCCUAAUUUCUUUGUAUUUGAUCAGUCUUGAGAUAGGGGGACAGAUGUUCCAAAUGUAUAAUAAGCUUUUGACCAAAAAACCUUUUAUAUCUAAUUCUUUGUAUUGUUGACUAUUGUAGAUAAAUAAUUGUCUGCUACA